AGUAUCUCUCAUCACAUCUCUCACACAGCAUCCAACUCCAGCUCCUACAGAACUUACGUCAUGUACAAGUUCGUGAUUGCCUGCUUCUUCUUCACCGUGGCAACGGCCGUUCCAUCCAACAGUUACCAACCAGCUCACAAAGAGGCACCCAUGCCGUACAACUUCCAGUAUGGUGUUAAGGACGACUACGCAGGGACCGAUUUCGGUCAAAACGAGUACUCCGACGGCAAGAGCGUCCAAGGUUCCUACUCUGUCCAACUCCCCGAUGGGCGCAAACAGACGGUUAAAUACGAAGCCGAUCACUACAAGGGUUUUGUAGCUGACGUGAGCUAUUAUGGCGAGGCACAGUACCCAUACAAGACAGGACCUGCCAUUACUUUCAAGCCAAAGAGUGGAUACCAACCAGCUUCUCCAUACCAUUAAAACAUCGCAUUUCUAAAUGAACAGAUAAACGUUUAUGUCAGUAAUCAUAUCAUCUUGUCAGGAUUUCCUUGAAUCUGUAACUGUUACUGCUAACGCUAAAUUUAGCGAUGCUGAUUUCCUUACCAUGACAUCAUUUCUUCACCGUCAACCUCUUAUCUUUACACUUAUCUAGAAGGAACGGGUUAAACAGCUGCAUUUUGUUUAGUUAUCUUUUCCCUUCAAUUGGCAACACCCGUCAUUUCCGAUAAGGACGACUUUCAUGAUAGCACAUAGCUGGUUACCAUGUUAUAUUUGUUUGUACCUACCCGAUAAAUAAAACUACUAUCGUCAA